AUGUACAAGAGGGCUGACGUGGACUCCUUUAUUACUUCCCAAACUCCUAUAUCCCUACAGGGUGUCUUGAACAACAUCGGCGCCAACGGAAGUCUCGUCUCCGGGGCCUCAUCCGGCGUUGUUGUUGCCUCUCCAUCCAAAGAAAAUCCAGACUACUUCUAUACCUGGACCCGAGAUGCAGCCAUGACACUGGCUGCUCUCAUCGAGGAACUCCGCGCCGGAAACACAGACCUCGAAUCCACGAUCCAAAACUACGUCGACUCACAAGCAAAGCUCCAGUCAGUGGAAAACCCUUCGGGCGGCAUUUCCGAUGGAUCUGGGCUCGGGGAGCCCAAGUUCAACGUCGACCUGAGCCAGUUCACCGAUGAGUGGGGUCGUCCGCAGCGUGAUGGACCUGCUCUUCGCGCUUCUGCUCUAAUAGCGUACGGGAAUUACCUCGUGAAGAAUGGGAGCACGGCCCUAGUAUCAUCCAACAUCUGGCCGCUUGUCCAGAACGACCUUGCAUACGUUGGCGAGUACUGGAACGGAACAGGCUUUGAUCUUUGGGAGGAAGUAGAGGGGUCAUCGUUCUUCACCACGGCCGUCCAGUUCAAGGCGCUGGUUGAGGGCGCGGCCUUUGCUGAGGCUCUAGGGGAGACGUGUGAUUCGUGCUCGGUGGCUCCUCAGAUAUUGUGCCAUCUCCAGGAAUACUGGGAUGGUUCUGCCAUUGUCUCGAAUAGUCCGACAAACGGUCGUUCUGGCGUUGAUGCGAACUCGGUCAUUGCUUCGUUGAACUUGUUUGACCCGGAGGCUGCCUGUGAUGAUGCGACUUUCCAGCCUUGUUCGGCGAAGGCACUGGCUAACCAUAAGGUCUAUGUCGAUUCGUUCCGCUCGAUCUAUGGGGUUAAUAGCGGCCUCGGUGCGGGUAAAGCAGUUGCUACUGGUCGUUAUGCGGAAGAUACCUACCAAGGAGGAAACCCAUGGUACCUCACGACACUCGCCGCCGCUGAGCAGCUGUAUGGCGCCCUCUACCAAUGGGACAAACAAGGCAGCAUCGAUAUAACAAACGUCUCCCUCCCCUUCUUCACCGAUCUCGUCAACAACACGCAAACUGGAUCUUUUGACAGUUCCUCUCCCGAAUACGAGUCCAUUACCGGCGCAGUCAAAGCCUACGCCGACGGCUUCAUCGAUAUCGUGCAGGCGUAUACCCCGAGCGACGGCGCGUUGUCGGAGCAGUUCACCCGGGAUAGCGGAGAACCGGCCUCGGCGAAGUUGCUAACUUGGUCCUUUGCAUCGUUUUUGACGACCGUUGCACGAAGGAAUGGACAGGUGCCGCUGUCUUGGGGGUCAUCGACGGCGAGUGAGGUUCCGAGUGAGUGUAGUGGGGAGACGGUUGCUGGGACUUAUGUUUCUCCAUCUGUUGGCUCUUGGUAA